AUGGCAGACAUCAAGAUCGAUGGCAAGCUCUUCCAGGAGCGCAUUAAUCAUUUCGUUAAUGCCUGGAAAGCCGAUAAACGCGCCGGAGACGCCGUCUUCAAUGGCGCAUCUUCCAUUCUCAUCAACAUGGGCAAAGUCGAGGAGAAUCCCGAUUUUCAGAAGAACAAUGCUAUGCACUUCUGGUUGCUCGGCUACGAAUUCCCUACCACUCUCAUGCUCCUAACUAUCGACACACUCUAUGUAGUCACGACGGCCAAGAAAGCUAAGCACUUGGAGCCCCUAAAGGGCGGAAGAUUUCCUAUCGAACUUCUAGUUCGAGGCAAGGACGCGGCGGCGAACGAGAAGCAUUGGACCAAGAUUACCGACACCAUCAAUUCUGCAGGAAAAAAAGUCGGUGUUAUCGCGAAGGAUAAGUCGGGCGGUCCCUUCGUCGAUGAGUGGAAAAAGAUCUUCAGCCAAAAAUGUAAAGAUAUUGAGGAGGUUGACGUGUCCACCGCCUUGUCGACGGCCGCCUUAUCCGUCAAAGACGAAACCGAGCUGCGAGCGAUGCGAGCGGCGUCCAAGGCUUGCGUUGCGCUGAUGACGCCCUUCUUCCUAGACCAGAUGUCCGAUGUUCUUGACCAGGAGAAGAAGGUGAAGCACAGCGUGCUCGCUGAUAAGGUUGAUAGAAAGCUCGACGACGAGAAGUGGUGGAAGACGGUCGAACUACCCAACAAGCAGAAACUCCCUUCGGAUUUCGACCCUUCGUCUCUGGAUUGGUACCUUGGUCCCGCCGUGCAGAGUGGUGGCAAAUAUGAUCUGAAGCUUCAGUCAGAGCCUACCGCCGAUAACCUUCACCCGGGUGUUAUCAUCGCCGGCAUGGGUCUCCGAUAUAAGUCAUACUGCUCUUCCAUCGCGCGAACGUACUUGGUCGAUCCGAACAAGGCGCAAGAAAAUACCUACAAAUUCCUCUACACUGUCCACAACUUGGUUCUUAAAGAGAUAAGGGAUGGUGUAGCAGCCAAGGAUGUCUACAGCAAGGCCCUGAGCUAUAUCAAAUCCAAGAAGCCCGAAUUGGAGAAACAUUUCCUCAAGAAUGUCGGAGCAGGUAUCGGUAUUGAGAGCAAAGACCCGACGUUAUUGCUGAGCGCCAAGAACCCGCGCACCUUGAAAGACGGCAUGACGUUGUGCAUAACAACUGGUUUCACUGACAUUGAGAACCUGACGCCAAAGGACAAGCUUAGCAAGACCUACUCCUUAGUCCUCAUCGACACUAUCCGAGUGACCAACAGCGAUCCAGUCGUUUUCACUGGAGAUGCCCCUAGUGACCUCGAUGCGACCUCAUUCUUUUUCAAAGACGACGAGGAGAUGCAGCCUACUCCAAAGAAGGAGAAGAAGGACUCCCGUGUAGGCGCAGUGGCUACUAAGAACAUCACUAGCACCCGAUUAAGAUCCGAGCGCACUACUCAGGUAGACGAAGACCAAGAGAAGAGGCGUAGGGAGCACCAGAAAGAGCUUGCGGCUAAGAAGCAGAAGGAAGGCAUGGCUCGAUUUGCUGAGUCUACGGGAGGCCCGGAUGGUGCUGAGGUGAAGAAGUUCAAGAAGUUCGAGUCGUACAAACGAGAAAACCAAAUGCCUCUUAAAGUGAAGAAUCUCGAGAUACUAGUCGAUCAAAAGAACCACACCCUCGUUCUCCCUAUCAUGGGCCGACCGGUACCUUUCCAUAUACACACCAUCAAGAACGCCAGCAAGAAUGAUGAGGGCGAGUGGUCCUAUCUGCGGAUCAAUUUCCUUUCUCCUGGUCAGGGAGUAGGUAGAAAGGAUGAUCAGCCGUUUGAGGACGCUUCGGCGCAAUUUGUUAGGAGUCUGACCUUCCGAUCUCGUGACGGUGAUCGGUAUGAGGAGAUUGCGUCACAGAUCUCUACUGUGAAGAAGGAGGCUACCAAGAAGGAGCAGGAAAAGAAGGAUAUGGAGGAUGUUGUUGAACAGGAAAAGCUGGUCGAAAUAAGAAAUCGACGCCCUCCUGUCAUGGACAACGUAUUCAUACGCCCUGCGAUGGAAGGCAAACGUGUCCCCGGAAAGGUCGAGAUUCACCAGAAUGGUAUUCGAUAUCAAUCGCCGCUUAACACCCAGCAGAGAGUCGACGUACUAUUCUCUAACAUUCGUCAUCUUUUCUUCCAACCCUGCGCCCAUGAGCUCAUCGUGAUAAUUCAUCUGCACCUAAAAGAUCCUAUUAUCAUUGGCAACAAGAAGAAGACGAAGGAUGUACAGUUCUAUCGAGAAGCUACGGACAUUCAAUUUGACGAGACUGGUAACCGAAAGCGGAAGUACCGUCACGGCGAUGAGGACGAGUUCGAGCAGGAACAAGAAGACCGUCGACACAGAGCGGAGCUCGACCGUCAAUUCAAGAGCUUCGCGGACAAAAUUGCUGAGGCGGGUAAGAACGAGGGCGUCGAGGUCGACAUGCCUCUUCGAGAGCUCGGCUUUAGCGGCGUGCCAUUCCGAAGCAAUGUCACGAUUCAACCCUCGACAGAUUGUCUUAUUCAGCUCACCGAACCACCAUUCCUGGUCAUCACCCUGGACGAUAUUGAAAUCGCGCACCUAGAACGUGUGCGAUUUGGUCUGAAGAACUUCGAUCUAGUAUUUGUGUUCAAGGACUUUACUCGGCCCCCCGCGCACAUCAAUACAAUACCUAUUGAGUCUUUAGAAGAUGUCAAGGAGUGGCUAGAUUCAAGUGAUAUCGCGUUCACGGAAGGUCCCCUGAACUUGAACUGGCCCACGAUCAUGAAGACAGUCACGGCCGACACUCAUCAGUUCUUCAUGGACGGUGGCUGGACCUUCCUUCAAAACGAAAGUGACGAUGAGGAUGAUCAGGAUGAAGAGGAAGAAUCCAACUUCGAGAUCGACGAGUCUGACCUUGAGGAAGCCAGUGAAUCUAGCGAAGAUGAAUCCGACUUCGAUAGCAAUGCGUCGGACGAAGCUAGCGAAGAGGGCUCGGAUGAGGAUGACGAAGGCGAAGAUUGGGACGAGCUCGAGAAGAAGGCGUCACGCAAGGAUCGCGAGAGGGCUGGUUCCGAAGACGAAGAUCGUAGCCGCACUAAGAACAAGAAGCGACAACGCUAG